GCCCCUUUUGUCCCCGCCCCCCGCUCCUUGUGCCGCGGGUUCGAUCCCCGCCGCCGCCGGGCGGUUCCGGGUGCGGUUCCGGGUUCGGUGUCCGCUCCCGGCUGCGCUUCCGGCUCCCGGCCCGCCCGCUCCGCCCGGAGUCCCGGUUAUGGUGCGCACACAGCGCCCUCUGAGCCCCCGCGAGAAGGAGAAGGGCUGAGCUGCGCCCCACGGCACCAUGAGCCGCUCCCCGGUGUCCUCCGAGCUGCACCACAUCGUCUCCUCCGCCUUCGACAGCCCCGAGCCGCCCGCACCGGGCACCGCUUCGCCGCCGCUGGUCGAGGAAGAGGAGAAGGACCUGAACAAGGCGCUGGGCGUGGAGCGCUUCGAGGAGAUCCUGAGCGACGCGCACCCGCGCAGCGUGGAGGAGCCGGGCCGCAUCUACGGGGAGGAGGACUUCGAGUACCACCGUCAGUCCUCGCUGCACAUCCACCACCCGCUGUCCGCGCAUCUGCCGCCCGACGCGCGCCGCAAGAAGGGGGUCCCCAAGAAGGGCAGGAAGAAACGCGGGCGAGCGGCCGCCCCCGGAGAGAAUCCCCCCAUCGAGGAGGGCGAGGAGGAUGAGGAGGAGGCGGGAGACACCGAGACCGAGCGCUCGGCCGAGGAGCUGCGGGGCGGCCCCGGCGACGGCGUGCAGUUCUUCCUGCAGGAGGACGAGGUGACCGAGCGCCGUGCGGAGGAGUCCCCGGCACCGCCGGCACCACCCGGCCCCACGGCGGAGCCCCACGGAGCCGCGGCCCCGGCGGCGGCCAGCCCCGGCGCCGAGGAGAGUCGAGCGGCCGAGGGCGGCGCCGUGCCCGACGAUGGCGGCUCCCCCGGGCGCCCCGCGGGCAGAGCCCAGCCCGGGCACCGCAGCUACAACCUGCACGAGCGGCGCCGCAUCGGCAGCAUGACGGGCGCGGAGCAGGCGCAGUAUCAGAAGGUGCCCACGGAUGAAUCGGAGGCGCAGACGUUGGCGUCGGCCGACCUGGACUACAUGAAGAGUCACCGCUUCGAGGACGUGCCCGGGGUGCGGCGGCACCUGGUGCGGAAAUGCGCCAAGGCGCAGGUUGUGCGCGUCGGGAAGGAGCAGCGGGAGCACAGCGCGCGGCCGCGCAGGUCGGACCGGCAGCCGCACGAGGUGUUUGUGGAGCUGAACGAGCUGGUGCUGGACAAGAACCAGGAGCUGCAGUGGAAGGAGACGGCGCGAUGGAUCAAGUUCGAGGAGGACGUGGAGGAGGAGACGGACCGCUGGGGGAAGCCGCACGUGGCCUCGCUGUCGUUCCGCAGCCUCCUGGAGCUGCGCAAGACGCUGUCGCACGGCGCCGUGCUGCUGGACCUGGACCAGAAGACGCUGCCGGGAGUGGCCCAUCAGGUGGUGGAGCAGAUGGUCAUCACCGACCAGAUCCGGGCCGAGGACCGGGCCAACGUGCUGCGGGCGCUGCUGCUCAAGCACAGCCACCCGAGCGACGAGAAGGAGUUCUCGUUCCCGAGGAACAUCUCGGCCGGCAGCCUGGGCUCCCUGCUGGUGCAUCACCACAGCACCAACCACGUGGGGGAGGGCGCAGAGCCGGCCGUCACCGAGCCCCUCAUCGCCGGGACCGGCGCCGAGCACGACACGCGCGUGGACGUGGAGCGGGAGCGUGAGGUCCCGACCCCCGCGCCCCCCGCCGGCAUCACCCGCUCCAAGUCCAAGCACGAGCUGAAGCUGCUGGAGAAGAUCCCCGACAACGCCGAGGCCACCGUGGUGCUCGUGGGCUGCGUGGAGUUCCUGGACCAGCCCACCAUGGCCUUCGUGCGGCUGCAGGAGGCGGUGGAGCUGGACUCGGUGCUGGAAGUGCCCGUCCCCGUGCGCUUCCUCUUCGUGCUAUUGGGGCCCAGCAGCACCCACAUGGACUACCAUGAAAUUGGUCGGUCAAUCUCCACCCUCAUGUCUGACAAGCAAUUCCACGAGGCCGCCUACCUGGCUGACGACCGGCACGACCUGCUGACGGCCAUCAACGAGUUCCUGGACUGCAGCGUGGUGCUGCCGCCCUCGGAGGUGCAGGGCGAGGAGCUGCUGCGCAGCGUGGCGCAUUUCCAGCGCGAGAUGCUGAAGAAGCGCGAGGAGCAGGAGAGGAGGCUGCUGCUGGAGCCCAAAUCCCCCGAGGAGAAAGCGCUGCUGAAGCUGAAGGUGGCUGAGGAUGAGGAUGAGGAUGAUCCCCUGCGGCGCACGGGGCGGCCGUUCGGGGGGCUGAUCCGGGACGUGCGGCGCAGGUACCCCAAAUACCUGAGUGACAUCAGAGACGCCUUGCACAGCCAGUGUCUCGCAGCCGUUCUCUUCAUCUACUUUGCUGCACUCUCCCCUGCCAUCACCUUUGGGGGGCUGCUGGGGGAGAAGACGCAGGACCUGAUUGGGGUGUCGGAGCUGAUCAUCUCCACGUCGCUGCAGGGCGUGCUGUUCUGCCUGCUGGGUGCGCAGCCCCUGCUCGUCAUCGGCUUCUCGGGGCCGCUGCUCGUCUUCGAGGAGGCUUUCUUCACGUUCUGCGAGGCCAACGGGCUGGAGUACCUCGUGGGCCGGGUGUGGAUCGGCUUCUGGCUCAUCCUGAUCGUGCUGCUGAUGGUGGCCUGCGAGGGCAGCUUCCUGGUGCGCUUCGUCUCACGCUUCACCCAGGAGAUCUUCGCCUUCCUCAUCUCCCUCAUCUUCAUCUAUGAGACCUUCUCCAAGCUGGGCAAGAUCUUCCAGGAGCAUCCCCUGCACGGCUGCAUUCAGCCCAAUGGCACCGCGUGGACCAACAGCAGCGCAGCAUCCAACGUCACGGCGCAGCGCGGAGCUGCCAAGGUGACGGGGCAGCCCAACACGGCGCUGUUGUCCCUGGUGCUCAUGGCCGGCACCUUCUUCAUCGCCUUCUUCCUGCGCAAGUUCAAGAACAGUCGGUUCUUCCCUGGACGGAUCCGGCGCCUCAUCGGGGACUUCGGGGUGCCCAUCGCCAUCCUGGUGAUGGUGCUGGUGGACUACAGCAUCCGCGACACCUACACACAGAAGCUGAGUGUGCCCAGCGGGUUCUCGGUGACGGCCCCCGAUAAGCGGGGCUGGGUGAUCAACCCACUGGGCGAGAGGAGCGACUUCCCGGUGUGGAUGAUGGUGGCCAGCGGGCUCCCCGCCGUCCUCGUCUUCAUCCUCAUCUUCAUGGAGACGCAAAUCACCACGCUGAUCAUCAGCAAGAAGGAGCGGAAGCUGCUGAAGGGCUCCGGGUUCCACCUGGACCUGCUGCUCAUCGUGGCCAUGGGAGGUUUCUUUGCUCUCUUCGGGCUGCCCUGGCUCGCGGCCGCUACGGUGCGCUCCGUCACACACGCCAACGCUCUGACGGUCAUGAGCAAAGCGGUGGCACCGGGGGACAAGCCCAAGAUCCAGGAGGUGAAGGAGCAGCGCGUCACCGGGCUGCUGGUGGCCGUGCUGGUCGGGCUGUCCAUCGUCAUCGGGGAGCUGCUGCGGCAGAUCCCGCUGGCUGUGCUCUUCGGGAUCUUCCUCUACAUGGGCGUCACCUCCCUGAACGGCAUCCAGUUCUACGAGCGGCUGCAGCUGUUGCUGAUGCCCCCCAAGUACCACCCCAAGGAGCCCUAUGUCAAAAAGGUCCGCACGCUGCGCAUGCACCUGUUCACCGGGCUGCAGCUGCUGUGCCUGGCCGUGCUCUGGGCCGUCAUGUCCACCGUGGCUUCCCUGGCCUUCCCCUUCAUCCUCAUCCUCACCGUGCCGCUCCGCAUGUGCCUGUUGAGCCGCAUCUUCACCGACCGCGAGAUGAAGUGUCUGGAUGCGGACGAGGCCGAACCCAUCCUGGACGAGCGGGAGGGGGUGGAUGAGUACAACGAGAUGCCGAUGCCGGUGUGAGCCCCGCGCCGUCGGGGCUCCGCCAAAGAGAAGCCGCCCCGCCGCCGUUAUGGGGGUGGGGGUGGGAUCCCCUCGGCCCCGUCCCGGCGCGGAGCCCCCGCCGCUCCCAGCCGACAAUCAGGUGUUUCCAGACCCCGCUGUUAUUUCACGGGGUGACUCAAUGCAAUAAACGCGCGCUGGGCUGAGGGGAGCGGAGCCCCCCCCGCUGCCGGCAGCCCCGGGGGCCGCGGAGCGCUGCCGUCGUGCCCCCCCCUCCCCGCCCCCCGGCGCUGCGGGCCGGGCGCCGCCCCCUGCGAAUAAAGAGACCGGACUUUGCACAC